GCCUAGCACAGAUAACCUAUGAAAUCACCCUAUCACAACCAUUACGAGUCAGAGCUGCAUACAGGUUUGUGUAGCAUUCUAGGGACCUUCUGCCGGAGAGCAGAAGUUUUAGGAAGAAUUCAGAGAGGGAACUCUGAAGAUUAUUAAAGACUUGAGAAAUAGAACCUACUACUCUGUGCUGUGUAAUUUUCCCAGAAGUGGAAUGUUAGUAAAUCCUUAUUCAUUGUUUUAGAAUUCAUGAUGAUUUACAUAAUGUAGCUGCAUUGGGGGAAGGAAGGGCUGAUUCCGAUAAUUCCACUUAGAAUGAUCUUAUAAAAGAAACAUUCAAACUUGGCUCCAACCAUGUCACCUAUCUUUGUCAAAUAUUCUUUGGUUUACCUAGUUCGGCUUCCUUGGUGAAAGAGCAUCCUAACAGCGUAUCGUGGUGGUUAAUGACUGAAUUUUUGCAGAAAGGACUGAAUGCAAAGACAUGAGCCAAGUCAUUUAGACUAAGUAAGCAGUGGGGGAGUUAGUUUAAACAGAGGUUGUCAGAGGGGGUUAUGGAAUCUACUUCUCCGGAGAGUUUUAAAAAUAGGCCAGGCACUCAUCUCUCUGGGAUGGCGUCAGCCUGUGGAGGAACUAGAGGACAACCAAGGCCCUCUCAAGUUCCUGUCCACUUCUCUGAGCCUAUAGGCUAAAACAAUAUCUGAUGAGGCCUCUUGGGCAGGGUGAGCCAGCAGUGAUCCAGUCUCAUUUCUAGAGUACUUUCUCACCACAUGGAAUGAUAAGUAUAUAAGUGAGGGUGGGGUCAGAAUGUUUCCUGAACCAACCACACUUGCUUGGGCUUGCUGAGACUACUGUAUGCUCCCUCUAGCACACGCGGAAGGCUGAAAGACACACGAGCUACCAAAUCUGUAGAACAACUGUCUCUCAACAAAGAUCUACCUUCAUUAUUCAUCAAGUGGCCUCAGGUGGCCUGUGUGUUGGAGGUGGGGGCUGCCAAGGCCACAAUUAUACAGGCUAGCUAAAGGACACUCUGGACCUGGCAACCGACAGCCUAGCAAAUUUACCCCUGGGAUGGUGAGAACAAACAGGUGGUAGAAAUAUGAUUUUUUUUUAAUUUGUUCUUUCCCCUUUGCCUCCCAUAAAUUCUAUUCUUCUGAAAGGUCAAUUUCAUUUUCUUUAGGAAAAAGAGUCUUCGCUUCAUCUCUCAAAUGCUAAAUUGAUAUCCUACCCUAGAAGUCUUCCCAUUAAUUGAGAUGGCCUGAAGGUCAUAAACCAUAAUCAAUAUGGAGGCUGGUUGCUGCAGGUGCUAAUUGGUAUCCCUCAAGCAGAGUAGUGUCAACAAGCAAUAGAGAAGAGCAGAGCGGUGAUAGAUUUAUGGCUUUGCUUUUGAAAAGGUAUGGGAAUGCCCUGUGAUGCUUUCCCCCGGACUCCUUCUGAAUGUUAAUGCUUUCUUGAAGAUGAUUUCAGACACACUGCUAGGAUACUGCCUCUACUCGCUGAAACAGAAUCCUCUGAAGAGUUGCUGAGGCAGAAUUGAAAUCAUGGCUUGCCUCAAAGAAACAGCCGUAUUGGCUGCUAAUGAUGCCUCACACAGAAAGACGAUGCUCCUUUAACUCGGGGUUUAAUGGGAACUUUCUAAGGCUGAAACAACAGCUUUAGAUCUGGGGCGUGCCAUCCAGCUUCUUGCAGCUACCACUGUCUACUGCUUUAACAAAGCUUGGUCGGGAAGAAUGGAAAAUAAAGAGGCUUAUAACUACCUGUAACUGUUCCAUCAGGAAAUGGAUCAUGUGUUUUUUCGGCCAGACCCAGCCUGGUUGCAGCCUUACCCUCCAGUCUCUUUAAAACUCCUGGAGCAGGUGUUAAGAGGAAGAUGAAGAGAGGGAAGAAGUAAAGCUGAGGUUGAGGCUAAGGCUGAAGAGGAAGGUCUCCUGCUGACCCAGCGCUGACAAGCAGCUGUAGCUCAGCCUCUCCAAGGUGCAGCCACCAUGAUCUCAGCAAAGUGAUGAUGGGAGAAAACGAAGCUGGAAGAUUCUGUGCUCUGACUGCCCUAGAUGAUGGAAGGAGGUCAGCCCAUCCCUUCGUCCCUAGUGCCCCUUGGGAACACUUCAUCAGAUUUUAGUAUGUCCCUGGAGCAGAAAACCACAUUUGUUUUUGUCAUUUUGUUGUUUAUUUUCUUGGGCAUCCUCAUUGUCAGGUGCUUCCGGAUUCUUCUGGACCCGUAUCGGAGCAUGCCGACCUCCACCUGGGCUGACGGACUGGAAGGCCUGGAGAAAGGGCAGUUUGACCAUGCCCUUGCUUAGCAGGGAGGGAGCAGGAUCUCCUGCUGGGGAGGUGAAGGGCUUCAUGUCUUGACGAGGAGUUCCCUUUAGACAAAGUUCUCAGCAAAUCAAAUUUUCACAGCAUCUGAACCCAGGACCGUAAUCCAUGACUUAGUAAGCAUGCAGUUGGGAUAAAAGCAUUUGAGGAUAUUGAAAAUGGAGGUUUGUAUUACUAACCUUUGAGAAUUUCUGCUUUUACUCAAUGAAUGAAUUCUGUUGAAUGUGUAUGACUGUGAAAAGCAUCAAUAUUGACAUAGACUUUGCCAUAAAACAAAGCAGCAUCCAGAGACUAGAAGACUAAGAAAGGUUCAACCUGAAUCUGGUGACACAGCCAAGAAGAGACUUCAUUGCUCUAAUCAUGUCUCACAGUUUUAUUUUCAUGGGAAUUUGGGACCAGGGCAGAGAGUGAGGAAGAUUGUGCUGAAUGUACCCAAAGAAGGUACUUGUCUUCUCCUAAACUAGGGAGCAUUGGGAAAAAAUGGCAGGGCUUAAAAGAGAUGGUCUUGUCUUUGGUAAAUGCCAGUGAGGAUUCCCCCCUCCACACACACACACACACACACACACACACACACACACACACUAAAUUUGAAGGCCUACAGAGUUUUUUAAACUAUGUAUCAGGCCAAGUACAUUCUAUGUAUUCAUAUUAGUAAUAUGUAUAGAGUUAGCUAUAAAAAAAAAAGUUGUUGAGUCAGCGGUGGCUCAUGGUGACCCCAUGUGCGUCAGAGUAGAACUGUGCUCCAUAGAGUUUUCAAUGGCUGGUUUUUCAGAGGUAGAUCACCAGGCCUUUCUUCCUAGGCACCUAUGGGUAGGCUUGAACCUCCAACCUUAUGGUUAGCUUAACCAUUUGCACUACCCAGAAACCGCUGAGUUAGCUAUACAUAACCUGAAUUUGCUUUCUUUACAUAUAUCUACCAAAAAUGAUUGAAAUAAUAGGUUGUAAGAACAGCUUCAAGUUUGUUUGUUUUAAAUAGAAAGUUAAUGUUUAGAGAAGACUUACCUAAAAACCAAAUAAAACUUACCAGGAAACAGAAAUGUCUGUUCUCUAUUCACCAAGAUUAAAGAGAAGGCAGUGUAUUAUACUGAAUCCUGAGGCUUAACAGUUUUCCAAGAGAGAGAAAAACAGAGCAAAGACCAUGAGAGGCCAUCUAAUUCAUCCCUCUCUCAUUUCAGAAAGGGCUCCCACAAAUUGCUCUGCACAGAUAAAACCUGUCCUAACUACUAUUUAAAAAAAAAAAAAAAGAUUUUCCUACUAAUAAAUGUUGGACUGAGAGGUUUUCACAUCUCUUUUUUUUGGAAAACCUCUUAGUCCAACAUUUAUUAGUAGGAAAAUCUUGUAUCUAAAUGAAACCCCUUAGGCUGUAUUUAUAGUUCACAUCCUCUAAUUUUCUUCUCAGCUAGUCAUCUUUUUUUUUUUUUUACAAAAAAUAAAAUAAAGCUCUCUAUGCCUUAAAAGGCAGAUCUUAGUAAAACUGCUUUCCCAUCUCCUAUUUCUUUUACAUUCUUUGGGGGUGCUGUUGCCCAGGCUUUCUCCCUCUCCCUUCCUACUUUUCCUCCUUGAUUUUUUUUUUUCCUCCAAUAACAGCUUUAUUGAGGCAUAAUUCACAUAUCAUAAAAUCCACCAUUUUAAAGUGUUGUACACAACAUCACAGAGUUGUAUAACCAUGACCACUGUCUAAUUCUAGAACACUUUCAUUACCCCAAAAUGAAACACUUUACCCAUUAGCAGUUGCUUCCCAUUUCCCUCUCCCCUCAACCCCUGGCAAUCUCUAAUCUACUUUCUGUCAUGUAUGGAUUUGCCAGUUCUGGACAUAUCAUAUCAAUGGAAUCAGGCAACAUGUAUCCUUUUGUGUCUGGCUUCUUUCAUCUGGCAUGAUGUUUUCAAGGCUCAUACAUGUCAUAGAAUGUAUCGGCACUUCAUUCCUUAUUAUGGCCAAAUAACAUUCUAUUGUUUGGACAUGCCAUAUUUUGUUUAUCCGGUGGCCGUUGUAGUUAUCCAUUGGCUAUUAUGAAUAAUGCCACUAAGAACAUUUGUGUAUAAGUUUAUAUAUGAUCAUGUGUUUUCAGGAGUAGAACUGCUGGAUCACAUGGUAUCAUGGAUUUAAUUGUGUCCCCCCAAAAUACAUGUCAACUUGGUUAGGCCAUGAUUCCCAGUAUUGUGUGGUGGUCCUCCAUUUUGUGAUUGUAAUUUUAUGUUAAAGAGGAUUAGGGUGGAAUUGUAACAACCUUACUAAGGUCACAUGCCUGAUCUAAUGUAAAGGGAGUUUCCCUGGAGUGUGGCCUGCACCACCUUUUAUCUUACAAGAGAUGAAAGGGAAACAAGCAGAGAGGGAGGACCUCAUACCACCGAGGAAGCAGUGCUGGGAGCAGAGCACGUCCUUUGAACCUGGGGUUCCUGCGCAGAGAAGCUCCUAGUCGAGGGGAAGAUUAACGACAAGAACGUUCCUCCAAAGCCAACAGAGAAAGCCUUCCCCUGGAGUGGACACCCUGAACUUGGACUUCUAGACUACUAGAGCAUGAGAGAAUAAACUUCUGUUUGUUAAAGCCA